UAUUCGGCCCGCAUUGAUAAGCAGCCAUUUUUUGUUCACGCGAACCUGCACAACCUCCACCAGCAGUUCAGCCUUGAUUUUCCCAGAAAGAGUCACGCACACGCACAUAAUUAAGCAGAAUGGCUUUCCCACUUACCGCAGCUACUGCCAGAAAAUCGGCCCUGGGUAUGGCCGCGGCGCCGUACACCCGCAACCUACCCGCACUGCUUGGCAUGCGUGCAUACAGCGCACGGCCAAUCGCCCGUGACACCGCAGACCGUCCAAAGGUCACCGUGCAGACGAUCCGCAAGAUGUACAAAGACAAUAAGCCGAUCAGCAUGAUGACUGCCUACGACUACCCGACAUCCGUGGCAUGUGAGCGUGCGCAGAUCGAUAUGACGCUUGUCGGCGACUCCCUGGCUAUGGUAGCCCUGGGCCACACCGACACAUCCCAGAUCACCAUGGACGAGAUGGUGCACCACAGCAAGGCCGUGGCACGCGGCCAGCAGUCGUGCUUCCAGGUCGCCGACCUGCCCUUUGGCUCCUACCAGAACGACGAGGCGACUGCCGUCAACAAUGCCAUCCGCAUGGUCAAAGAGGGCCGCGCUGAGGCCGUCAAGCUGGAGAUUGGCCGGCGCGGCGCGCCCAAAAUCGACGCAAUCGUCAAUGGCGCUGGCAUCCCUGUCGUGGGCCAUAUAGGACUGACGCCGCAGACUGCCGUGGCGCUGGGCGGGUUCCGCGUGCAAGGCAAGUCGGUGGCCAAGGCGCAGGCCCUGGUCGACGAUGCGCUGGCUCUGCAGCAGGCCGGGUGCUUCGCCAUGGUGCUCGAGGCGAUGCCGUCGCUGGUUGCUGAGACGAUCACCAAGCUGCUGCGAAUCCCGACUAUUGGCAUUGGCGCUGGCUCAGCCACCUCCGGCCAGGUCUUGGUGCUAUCAGACAUGGUCGGGUUCUUUGACCGGUUCACGCCCAAAUUCUGCCAGAGCUAUGCUGAUCUGGGUCCGCGCAUGGCCGAUGCCAUCCAGGAGUAUGAUGUGGAUGUGAAGAGCCGCCAGUUCCCUGUCGAGGGCAUCCAUACGUACGCAAUGCCACCUGUUGCUGAGGAGAGGUGGCGGGAGCACGUGCAGAAACAGUUCGGGCUUGAGCUCAGCGGGCUUACAAGCGGUGGCCAUCAGCCAGCAGAGCCCAAGCCCAUGGCAGCUGCUACCACGACUGGCAUCUAACGCAUUUCUCUAAAUUUGUACUCCCUAUUCGAUACCAGAAAUGGCAAAUCUCCGAAUGUUUCCCAGAGAUCCUCGCUUCCCACAACG